AAAAUAGAAAUACAGAGAGAAGUGGGAGGAAGGAGGUGAAGAAGAAGGGAAAAGGGCCCUUCACUAACGCAAGCUACUUCACCAAAAUCUCCAGCACAUAAACCCCACAAAUUUUCAGAGAGAGAGAGAGAAUGAAAAAGAUGAGAGCUUUAGAAAAAUUCAGGAUCCCAAUCAUUUUACUGCUUGUCUUCUCAAGUUUCAUCAGUUUCAGUCAAGCAAAUUCUGGAAUCCAGGCAAAUGGGUCAUCAUCUGAAGAGAGAGAGAUGGUGCCGUUGAUGGAGGAGAAGUUUGUGUUGAUGAAUGAGACAAGAAGGAAGCUUGGGAGUUUUCAGAUAUGCUCAGUGUGUACUUGCUGCGGAGGUUCUAAGGGACUUUGUCUACCUUCACCUUGUUGCUAUGCCAUCAAUUGCAACAUCCCAAACAGGCCCUUUGGUUACUGCUCCUUCAUCCCUAAAGCCUGCAACUGCUUUGGCUGCCAUCUCUGAGAUCUUGCUUCUGUUCAUGGUGAUCUUGAUUUCCCUCUCCUUCUCUUUUUUUCCCCCUAUAAUUUCUUGGUGUUUGGUUCUGAUUCAGGGCAAGGGCAAAGGUCUUGGUUCCUCUGGAAGGGUGAAAGGGAAGAAAGGAAUAUCUGCUCAUGAUUUGUUUUCUCCUCUUUUUCCCUUAUCUUGUUCUGUUUAUAAAUUUAUUUAAAGUCCCUUAUAGAUCACUUGUCUGCUGGUUAUCAUCUUCAUCCCAAUUAUUAAUCCUUCACACUGCCAUUCUGAAUAUUUUUUUAGGGUUUUUUAGCUGGCUGUCCCAAGCCCAAACUGGGAUCUUCAGGCGUGGUUUCUCCUCAAUCCAUCUGUUUUCCGUUUUAAAUGUUCCAUUGUUGUGAGAAAGCGGUGGUAAUAGUGGCAUUAUGACUAAGGUUUUAGCAUAUUUUUAAAGAUGGGUUUAAUAAAUUAUACCAAUUUUUUUUUUUGUUAAUGGUCAAUGUGAAGAACAUCAUUAUGGCAAUGAAGCUGUUUUAGAGUGCUGUUUAGUGAA